UCCAUGGGCCACAAAUACAUUCAAAUCAACUCCGCGGCUGUUAUCAACGCGCUGAGAGCGGUUGUGGAGUACUAUCCUGGCCAGAAUCUCAUUGACGACACGAUCACGAUCCCGGAGCCGUACACCAUCCUCGUGCACCACGAGAAGGAGCUUGUAGCAUACCGUGAGAACUUCGGUGAGGCCGAUUCUUACGAGCAUCUUGGCAUUGUGUUUGAAUUCUUGCAGCAGACGUUGAAGGACUCCUUAGGGAAAGAGAUGGAGAGACAUGCUCGCGCUAUUCCGGUCACAACAUACGAGAUGCUUUGGACGCUUUUCAAGCCUGGAACCGACGUCUACUAUGACACACAUAGCUGUGGCAUCCUCGACAGCUACGUCGUCAAGUCUAUCAAUUGGGAGAUCAACAACGGAAGUCCGGUUCGGUAUACGCUCUGUCUGUGGAAUCUCUACUAUGACUCUAUCUACAUCGGCCCACGGAACCACCUCGCGAUAAUCCUGCCAUUCGAUGGAGAGAAAGAAAUCGCAAGCCUAGACAUUUUCCCAUGUGAAUACGUAAACAUGGAGAAGCACAAAGAGACUGCAGAAGAGAUGCGGAAGCGGCUAGAGGAGAGAGGGAAGAUGUUCUAUCGCUUGACUAGCAAGCAGUGUAUGUGGUAUGAUGGGCUCACAACUACUUUCCCAAAGCAUCGCUUUACAGGACUGGUUUACGUUGACUCGGAGUCCUUCUGGACGAGCUUGCAAGCCGACAAACCUCCUCCCAGUGCGAAAAUGGCGCCAAAUUCUCCCCCGCCUCUGCUGUCAGACGAUGUCGGAGAACGUUCAAUCGGCGGCAUUCCGAAUUGCUUCUGUAAGCGAUGCGUCAAGCUGAACAGUAGGAAUCGCAAGAACCGGUUCGCGGAUUACGCCAGGAUAAACCCCAUUACUGGCGCCGAGCUGACACCCCAUCAGCUAUUUCUGUGUGAUAGGAGUGUGCACGGAUUCAUCCUGAAAGUCAGAAAUUGGCACCGCCUCGACGCCUCCUGCUUCUCAGAACCCAAAUACGACGUCCGCCUGGUCGACGAACUCGUCAUCGCCCCAACAACCCGCAACCUCAUCAAAUGCCUCUCCUCCAAAUACACCCGCAGCGACCCCAAACCCGCCCCCGACCGCGCCAUCACAACCUCGACCCUCCAAACGCAAGACCAAUGGACCGCCGACUUCGUCCAAGGUAAAGGCGAAGGCCUGAUCUUCCUGCUCCACGGCAAGCCCGGCGUCGGCAAGACCUACACGGCCGAAUGCAUCGCUGAGUACACCAAGCGGCCGCUCCUCUCCCUGACCUGCACUGACAUCGGCACGAACCCCAUGACCAUCGAGAGCAAGCUGACCUACUGGUUCAAGCUCGCGAAGCACUGGGGCGCCAUCCUGCUCAUCGACGAGGCCGACAUCUACAUGGAGCAGCGCAUCACGCAGGACCUCCAGCGCAACAACCUCGUCGCGGGCUUCCUGCGCGCCAUGGAGUACUACCAGGGGAUUCUGUUUCUGACGACAAACCGCAUUGGCACGUUUGACGAGGCGUUUAUGAGCCGCAUUCAUGUGAGCGUGCACUAUCCGGAUUUCAGGGACGAGGAGAGGGGCGAGGUGUGGGAUGCGUUUUUCCGCAAGCUGGAGCGCGAGAGGGGCACGGAGGUGGUGGUGGGCGAGAGCGCGAGGCGGUAUGUGAAGGAGAGUCGGGAGGUUAGGGGCGUCAAGUGGAAUGGGAGGGAGAUUCGGAAUGCUUUCCAAACCGCCGUCGCCCUCGCCGAAGUCGAGAGCGACAAAGACGAUCAGGCCCGCAUCAUCGUCAAGGACCAGCACAUCCGCUCCAUUGUGCGCAUGUCGGCGGCUUUCAAGAAGUAUCUUAACACGCUGCAUGGGGAUCAGUCGCAGCGCGCCGCGCGGCAGGGACUGAGAGUGGAUGAUUUCGACGAGAAGGAGGGCGAUGGGAAGGGCGCUUUUGCGCAUUAUGUGUAGGGAUGGGUUUGGCAUAGUGGAUUGGUAUGUCGAGGCCAGUGUACUUACAGUGUCGUGACAAAGGCCUGGCCACCACUGUCUCAAGCCCUUCGAUAGGUGUUGGAAGCCAAAACGGCGCUUAUAGCAAUCGAUUCGAUACUCUCGGUGAAGUCGCUGAGCUGCCUAUGUCCCUGAUCCCAUUUUGUAACUUAGACAGAACCCG